UCCUUCUAACGCGAAUAGCUGCAGGCACGUGUCGAGAUAGUCGAGCGGAAGCGCGCGCCGCUCGUCGUUAUCCACCACACCUACAACCGUGCGAUCGCGCUGCUUAACUUUCCGCUUGCGCUAUCUUGAUAUCACGAACCGCGUCUACCUCCUCGUUUAAGCGGCGCUCCCACGUCAAGACUAUUUUCACGCCACGCCAAGGCCAGGCCAGAAGAACGAAAGCUGUAGGUGGUUGUUAGGAGCGCCGCUCGCCGUGUUUCCCGAAUAAGCAGCUCGCGUCGAGCUCGAAUAAACGAAUCGAUAGCUUAGUCCGUAAGAAAAUCGCGUCCGCCAUUCUCCCCGGCUCGACCGUAAGAAAAUCGCAGACGCCGGCAUCAUUUUAGUGAGUCUGUUGCAGCGCACCGCACGCAUUUAACGCUCGCUCUACUAUACUACGCCCGGGUUGGCCCCAGCUGUUUCAUAAAGCAAUAGACACUACUAAGGAGUGUCGCGCUGAUAUAAAUAGACGCCGACACUGCUGCUACAGGUGUCGUCGACACCAUCACUCGACUGCUGGGUCUCAUCAUAGCGACACUGCGACACUGCGUCAUUCGCGAAUGUCUGGUCGCCCCGAUCAGAAUUGCACGGCGUCGCUAGCAACCCAUACCCAAUCCCACCGAGAAAGAGGGAGGAGUAGAGGGGGAGGAGGAGGAGGCGGAGCGGAAGGUGGAGGAGGGGAGGAGGGGGAGGAGGGGGAGGAGGGGGAGGAGGGGGAGGAGGGGGAGGAGGGGGAGGAGGGGGAGGAGGGGGAGGAGGGGGAGGAGGGGGAGGAGGGGGAGGAGGGGGAGGAGGGGGAGGAGGGGGAGGAGGGGAGGAGGGGGAGGAGGGGAGGAGGGGGAGGAGGGGGAGGAGGGGGAGGAGGGGGAGGAGGGGGAGGAGGGGGAGGAGGGGGAGGAGGGGGAGGAGGAGAAGGAGGAGGACGACGAUUAGGUGGCGUGGAUGACGCAGCAAUCUCAACCAACCACCAUCAUCCAAUCCAUCAGAAGCGCAUCUCAGCCGUCCAUCAUGGCGCCGAUCACUCCCAGCAGCAGAAUCCCCGCCCCUCGUGGGACACCAGACUCGAGGACAACCCUAGCGACAGGCGGAACACCAUCCACUCCCCGCUCAACAGCUUCCACAGCAGUCCCAGCGCGCCACGUGUUCUCCCCCGGCACCGCCACCAACUCCCGUGCCCUGGGCCCCUCCGCUUCUGGACGCUUACCAGUCUGGGCAGAGACCCCAAGGCGGACCUAGACGCAUUCAAAAAAAGGUCGGAGAUGGCCGAGCGCAACCUUAAGCUCGCCACGGCCGCCCUUACACGAUCCGAAGCCCUCUUUGCGGAGCGGAAUAAGGAGAUGGAGGAGAUGCAGGAGAGGAUGAAUGUGAAGGACAGGGAGAUAGCAGCACUCAAUGACAUGGCAGAUGGGCUCAGAAGCGACAUAGCCGGGUUGCAGUCGGACUUAGCUGCCGCCACUGCGGAUGCAGCAGCUGCUAAGGCAGCCACGCAGAGGGCAAGAGCAGAGACGGAGAGGGUAAAGGGCGUGCUGGCAGGACAGGAGAGGAAGAGAGAGGGGGAGGAAGGAGAGGCGAGGGAAGAGGGUUUGAAGGGAGAACUGAAAUUCGAGAAGCAGGAGAGGCAGAGGGAGAGGGAGGAAGGAGAAGCGAGGGAAGAGGGUUUGAAGGGAGAACUGAAAUUCGAGAAGCAGGAGAGGCAGAGGGAGCGGGAGGAAGGAGAAGCGAGGGAAGAGGGUUUGAAGGGAGAACUGAAAUUCGAGAAGCAGGAGAGGCAGAGGGAGCGGGAGGAGGGAGAAGCUAGGGAAGAGGGUUUGAAGGCAGAACUGAAAUUCGAGAAGCAGGAGAGGCAGAGGGAGCGGGAGGAGGGAGAAGCUAGGGAAGAGGGUUUGAAGGCAGAACUGAAAUUCGAGAAGCAGGAGAGGCAGAGGGAGCGGGAGGAGGGAGCAGCUAGGGAAGAGGGUUUGAAGGGAGAACUGAAAUUCGAGAAGCAGGAGAGGCAGAGGGAGCGGGAGGAAGGAGAAGCGAGGGAAGAGGGUUUGAAGGGAGAACUGAAAUUCGAGAAGCAGGAGAGGCAGAGGGAGCGGGAGGAAGGAGAAGCGAGGGAAGAGGGUUUGAAGGGAGAACUGAAAUUCGAGAAGCAGGAGAGGCAGAGGGAGCGGGAGGAAGGAGAAGCGAGGGAGGAGGGUUUGAAGGGAGAGCUGAAAUUCGAGAAGCAGGAGAGGCAGAGGGAGCGGGAGGAGGGAGAAGCGAGGGAAGAGGGUUUGAAGGGAGAACUGAAAUUCGAGAAGCAGGAGAGGCAGAGGGAGAGGGAGGAGGGAGAAUCUAGGGAAGAGGGUUUGAAGGGAGAACUGACAUUCGAGAAGCAGGAGAGGCAGAAGGAGCGGGAGGAAGGAGAAGCUAGGGAAGAGGGUUUGAAGGGAGAACUCAAAUUCGAGAAGCAGGAGAGGCAGAGGGAGCGGGAGGAGGGAGAAGCUAGGGAAGAGGGUUUGAAGGGAGAGCUGAAAUUCGAGAAGCAGGAGAGGCAGAGGGAGCGGGAGGAGGGAGAAGCUAGGGAAGAGGGUUUGAAGGGAGAGCUGAAAUUCGAGAAGCAGGAGAGGCAGAGGGAGCGGGAGGAGGGAGAAGCUAGGGAAGGGGGUUUGAAGGGAGAGCUGAAAUUCGAGAAGCAGGAGAGGCAGAGGGAGCGGGAGGAGGGAGAAGCUAGGGAAGAGGGUUUGAAGGGAGAGCUGAAAUUCGAGAAGCAGGAGAGGCAGAGGGAGCGGGAGGAGGGAGAAGCUAGGGAAGAGGGUUUGAAUGGAGAACUGAAAUUCGAGAAGCAGGAGAGGCAGAGGGAGCGGGAGGAAGGAGAAGCGAGGGAGGAGGGUUUGAAGGGAGAGCUGAAAUUCGAGAAGCAGGAGAGGCAGAGGGAGCGGGAGGAAGGAGAAGCGAGGGAGGAGGGUUUGAAGGGAGAGCUGAAAUUCGAGAAGCAGGAGAGGCAGAGGGAGAGGGAGGAAGGAGAAGCGAGGGAAGAGGGUUUGAAGGGAGAACUGAAAUUCGAGAAGCAGGAGAGGCAGAGGGAGCGGGAGGAAGGAGAAGCGAGGGAGGAGGGUUUGAAGGGAGAGCUGAAAUUCGAGAAGCAGGAGAGGCAGAGGGAGCGAGAGGAAGGAGAAGCUAGGGAAGAGGGUUUGAAGGGAGAGCUGAAAUUCGAGAAGCAGGAGAGGCAGAGGGAGCGGGAGGAAGGAGAAGCGAGGGAGGAGGGUUUGAAGGGAGAGCUGAAAUUCGAGAAGCAGGAGAGGCAGAGGGAGCGGGAGGAAGCAGAAGCGAGGGAGGAGGGUUUGAAGGGAGAGCUGAAAUUCGAGAAGCAGGAGAGGCAGAGGGAGCGGGAGGAAGGAGAAGCGAGGGAGGGGGGUUUGAAGGGAGAGCUGAAAUUCGAGAGGCAGGAGAGGCAGAGGGAGCGGGAGGAAGGAGAAGCUAAGGAAGAGGGUUUGAAGGGAGAACUGAAAUUCGAGAAGCAGGAGAGGCAGAGGGAGCGGGAGGAAGGAGAAGCGAGGGAGGAGGGUUUGAAGGGAGAGCUGAAAUUCGAGAAGCAGGAGAGGCAGAGGGAGCGGGAGGAAGGAGAGGCUAGGGAAGAGGGUUUGAAGGGAGAACUGAAAUUCGAGAAGCAGGAGAUGCAGAGGGAGCGGGAGGAAGGAGAAGCUAGGGAAGAGGGUUUGAAGGGAGAGCUGAAAUUCGAGAAGCAGGAGAGGCAGAGGGAGCGGGAGGAAGGAGAAGCUAGGGAAGGGGGUUUGAAGGGAGAACUGAAAUUCGAGAAGCAGGAGAGGCAGAGGGAGCGGGAGGAGGGAGAAGCUAGGGAAGAGGGUUUGAAGGGAGAACUGAAAUUCGAGAAGCAGGAGAGGCAGAGGGAGCGGGAGGAGGGAGAAGCUAGGGAAGAGGGUUUGAAGGGAGAACUGAAAUUCGAGAAGCAGGAGAGGCAGAGGGAGCGGGAGGAAGGGAGGGAGAGGGAGGAGCAGUUAAAUGCCCAGUUGGAGGAGGAGAGGAGGGAGAGGAGCAUGGAGAGGGGUGGGGGCGAGGAGAGGGAGGGGAGGUUGAGAGGAGAGCUUUUGGAUGCACGAGAGAAUGGGGAGAAGAUUGAGGGAGAGCUGAGGGGGGAGAGGGAGGAGAGGGCGAGGGAGAGGCGGGAGGGGACUGUAAGGGAGGAGAUGUUGACGGGGCAGCUGGAGGGAUCUAAGGCACUUGGAUUGCAGCUUAAAGAGGAGUUGGAGAAAGGAAGGGAGGAGAGGUCCAGGGAGAGGAGUGAGAGUGAAGAGAGGGAGCGGGCGUUGAGGCAGCAGCUGCAGCAGUCUAAGGCUGUGGGGGAAGGGUUGGAAGAGGAGCUGAGAAGAGAGAGGGAGGAGAGGAGGAGAGAGAGAGAGGAGGGAGCGGGGAGAGAAGAGGGUUUGAAAGAGGAGGUUCGGAAGCUGGUAGCGGCACGAGAGUGGCUGGAAGAGGAGUUGGGGCGAGAGGAGGAGGAGCGGAGGAGGGAGAGGGGAGAAGCGGAGGAGAGGGAGGGCGAGCUUAAGAAGCUUCUGAGUGAUUGUGAAGAGAGGUGUGCGGAGCUGGAGGGGGGUCUUUUGAGAGAGAAAGAGGGGAGGGAGCAGGAGAGGAGGGAGGGAGUGAAGAGGGAGGAGGCGCUGAAGGCUGAAUUGGAGAGAGAACGGGAGCAAGGGAGGAGGAGAGAAGAGGAGUUGAUGGUGGAGAGGGUGGAGAGAGCGAGGGAGAAGACAGAGGGGCAAGAAAGGGAGGAAGAUUUGAGGGGACUGCUUCGGAAGGAAGCAGAGGAGAGGGAGAAGGAGAAGCGGGAAGGGGCGGAGCGAGAGAGGAGGCUGGAAGAGGAGUUAUCUGCAGCACGGGAAGAAUGCCUUGUGAUGGAGCAAGCAGUCAGGGUCGAGAGGGAGGAGAGGGCGAGGGAGACGAGGGAGGGCGAGGAGAGGGAGAGAAAGCUGAGGGAGGAACUCGAGGCAGCUGGGGCGGACUGUGGGGAGAUGGAGAGAGAGAAGGGGGAGAGGGAGAGGGAGCAAAAGGAGGGGAUGGAGAGGGAAGAGGCUCUAAGAGGACAGUUGGAAGAGGCGGAAGGGAGGGGCAGAGGGUUGGAGAAAGAGCUUAGAGAGGAGAGGGCGAGAGGGGAGAAGGAGAGGCGUGAAUGGGAGGAGAGGGAGGGAAGGCUGUGUGAAGAAAAGAGGUGUGAGAGAGAGGCGAGGGAGAGGGAGAGCGCAGAGGCGGAGACAAAGCUAGGGGAAAUGAGGGAGGCGCUGAAUGGGGUAGAAGAUAGUGUGAGGAGGCUUGAGGGGGAGGUGAAGGUGGAGAGGGAGGAGAGGGAGAGGGAGAGGGAGGAGGGAGGGGAAAGGGAAAGGAGUUUGAGAGGCGAGGUGCGGGGUGCAGAGGAGAGGUGUGGUGAGUUGGAGGGGCGGUUGAAGGUGUGGAAAGAGGAGAGGGAUAAGGAGAGGAGAGAGGGGAUGGAGAGGGAGGAGGGACUGAGGGAGGAGCUGGAGAGAGAGAAGGGGGAGAGGAGGCGAGAGGUGGAAGAGGGGGAGGAGAGGGAGGGGUCCCUGAGGGAAGAGUUGAGGCAAGCGAAGGCGUUGAGUGAUCGACUGCAAGGGGAGUUGGAGAUGGAGGUGGAGGAGAGGGAAAGGGAGAGAAGAGAUGAGGAAGAGAGGGUGAAGAGGGUUGAAGGGGAGUUGGCUGCGGUGCAGCAGGAGUGUGUGUACCUACAAGGGGAGGUGGAUAGUGUGAGGGAGGAGAGGGAGAGGGAGAGGAGGGAGGCGGAGGAGAGGGAGGAGAGGUUGAUUGGAGAGAUUCAGGUUGCACAAGGGGAGGUGGAGAGGGUGGAGAGGGAGAGGGAGAGGGAGAGAGAGGAGAGGGAGGCGGAGGGUGAGACAGAUAGGGAGGAGAGGGAGAAGGAGAGGAUGGAGUGGGAGGGACGCAUACAGGCGGUGGAAGAGGACUUGAGAGAGGUGCAGGGAGAUUGUGUGCGGUUGGAAGGGGAGUUGGAGAGGGAGAGAGGGGAGAGAGUGAGGGAGCGGCGGGAGAGUGAGGAGAAUGCAGAGAGGCUUGUGAGGGAACUGAAUGGGGAGAGGGAGAGGAGGGAAGAGGAGAGGAGGGAGAGAGAGGAGAAGGAGGAGGCAUUGAGGAGUGAGCUUGAGCAGUGGAAGCAGGCGUGUGGGAAGAUGGAGGAAAGAGUGAAGGAAGAGAGGGAGGCGAGGGAAAAGGAGAGAGGGGAGGCGGAGAAGGGGAAGAGGGAGGGAGAGGAGAGGCGGGAGGAGUUGGAGGGAGAGCUGAAGGAGGCGAGGGAGAGGGUAGGAGUAUUGGAGAGGGAGGUGCGGAUGGAAAGGGAGAUGAGGGAGAGAGACGGGAAGGGGAAGGGGGAGAGAGAGGAAAUGUUGAUGGAAGAUGUGAGGAGAGAGAGGGAGGAGAGGGCUAAGGAGAGGGACGAGACGGCUAAGGAGAGGGAGGAGUGGACGAGAAGAGAGGGAGAGCUGAAGGGUGAGUUGAAGAGGGCGAAGGAGGAGAGGGAGGAGAAGGAGAGGGUGGUAAGGGAAGUGGAGGGAAGGGAGGAGGAGUUGAGGGAGGAGUUGAGAUUGGAGAAGGAAGAGAGAGAGAAAGAGAGGAGGGGAGGGGAGGAGCGAGAAGGGAGGUUGAAUGCUGAGCUGCAGGAAGCUCGGGAAAGAGUUGAAUCACUAGAGGUUGAGUUGACAGUGGAGAGGGGGGAGCGGGAGAAGAGGAGGACGGAACAGGAGGAAAAGGAGAUACAGCUGCGGAAGGAGAUGGAACGAGAGAGGGAGGAGCAUGUGAGGGAGAGGAGGGAGAGGGAGGAGAAGGAGGCAAGACUGGAGGAGGAGAUCCAUGCAGCAGAAACGGCACUUGAGAUUGUGGAUAAGGGGUUGAGGGAGGAGAGAGAGGAGAGGGAGAGCGAGAGGAGGAAGAGAGAGGAGGAAAGAGAGGAGGAGAGGGAGGAGUUUGAGAGAGAGAAGCGGAAAGCAGAUGAGGAAAGGAAGGAGGUGGAGGAGAGGCGUGGGGAGAGGGAGGCCGAGCUGGUGGGGGAGAUUGAGAAGCUGAGGGCGCUGGUGGGGGUGGGGGAAGGGGAGGAGGAGAGGAGGAGGAGGGAGAGAGGGGAGGGAGCGGAUGCAGCGAGGAGCAGGGAGAGAGUGAGGGAGGAGGAGUGGAGGGAGGAGGUGGGGCGAAUGGAGGAGAGGGAGAAGGAAAGGCUGGCGGAGAGGGAGGGUUUUGAGAGGAGGGUGAAGCAGUGGGAGGAAGAGAAGGAGAGAGAGAGGAGUGCGGAGGAGGAGAGGGAAAGGGAGAGGGAGGCUUUUGGGAGAAAGGAACGUGAGUGGGAGAUGGAGAGGAAAGAGGAAAGGAUAAGGGAGGAGGAGAGGGAGGAGGAGAGGAGAGAGGAGAUUAGCAGGGAAGGGGAGAGGCAGAAGGAAGUAGAGGAAAUGGAGUUGUGCGAAGCACAAUGGGAGGCUGAAAGGGAACAGGAACGAGAGAGGGACGAGGAGAGGAGGACGGAUAAGGAGGUGUUUGAGAAGAAGGAGAAGAUGUGGGAGAAAGUGAAGGCAAGGAUGCAGGUGCGGGAGGACGAGAGGAUAAGGGAGAAGACAGCCUUUGAGGAGAAGGAGAAGCAGUGGGAGGAGGAAAGGGAGGAAGAGAGGAAGCGAGAGGAGGAGAGGGAGAAGGAGCGGAGUGCUUACAGGGAGAAGGAGCAGCAGUGGGAGCUGGAGAGAGAAGAGGAGAGGAGGCGGGAAGAGGAGAGGGGGAGGGAGAGGGAGAUGGAAAAAGAGAGGCAGGAGCAGAGAGAGGAGGAGAAGGUUGUGGAGAAGGCCCGAGCAGAGGAGAGGGAGAAGGAGAGGGAGGUAUACAAGGAGAGAGAGCGGAUAUGGGAGGAGGAGAGGAGGAGUGAGGAGCAGCGGGAAGAGGAGAGGAAGACGAAGAGCGUUGGAAAGGCUGGCUCGAAGAGACCUGGAGAGGAGGGCGGAGAGGGCGGGGAAGGAGGCGAAGGAGGGGAUGGAGGGGAUGGAGGGGAUGGAGGGGAUGGAGGGGAUGGAGGGGAUGGAGGGGAUGGAGGGGAUGGAGGUUGGGACAUGGAAAGGGAUAUGGAGAGGGAGAGGGAGGAGUGGCGGCGGUUGUGGCAGAAGAACGGACAGAAGGGCGAGGGUGAGGGGAUAGUGGAGAGGAGCGGAGAGGGGAGUGAGGAGGAUGAGGACACGUGGAGCGAUGAGGAAUGGGGCGAGGUGGGGGGCGUGUGGGAGAGGCUAAACGCGUGGCUCAGAUCGGAGGACGCCCAGAAGGCGUGGAGGAUGGUGAGGGAGCUGAUGGAUAGAGGCAGGUGGGAGGCGAUGCUGAAACAGCUCGAGAGAGGUGGUGGUCCGGGUGCUGGUGGUUUUGGUGCUGCUGGUUGUGUUGGUGCUGCUGCUGCUGCUGGUGGAAGUGGGAAUUUUGCUGGUUGUAUGGGUGGUUUUGGUGGUCUGAAGUUGCAACUGCCUUCACCAACAGCAGGCAGGGGGGCAGCGGCGGCAGCCAAGGGUGAAGCAGACGGGGGUGACUGUAACGAGGUGGGCAGCACCAGCGGCAGCAGUACUACCAGCGGCAGCAGCACCACCAGCGGCAGCAGCUGGUGCAGCUGCAGCAGCAACAGCAGCAGCACCAUCAGCACCACCAACCUCCCCCGAAACCACCUCUCGAAAGACCCAGCUUUCCGCGAGCACCUGCAAGCGGAGGUGGAGGAGGCUCGAACCCACAGGGACGGGUGGGAGGAGUGGGAGUGGCGUCGGGAGCUGGAACGCACAGAAGAGAAGCUCAUAGACGUGCAUGGAGCCCUCCUAGACGCCCGGGAAGAGCUGGGAGUGCUGAGAUCCGCCAGGGAUAACACGGUCCGCGCGGUGGUGGGGGAGAUGGAGGAGAUAAGGCGGUGUCUGAGGGUGGUGGAGCGGGACCGGCAGAGGGCAGCAGGGGCUGUGGGGGCGGUGAGGGAGGCGCUGGUGAAGGUGACGAUAGAGAGGGAGGCGUUCCGAGUGGCUCUGGAGCACUCGAACAGCGAGUGCCGGAAGCUGGUGGCGGCUAUGCGCUCCAACGACAAGUCUAAGAUGCUGCAGUCUCUGCAGGCCGACCUGGCUGCCUCUCAGGCGACCAUCCGUGCCCUGGAGUCCACGAUUGAGGUGCUGCAGCAGCAGAAGCAAAAGGGGCCGCAGGGGCGAGAGGGGAGAGACUGUGAGAGUGACAGUGGCGAGCGGAGUGACUAUAGUCUGCUUAAGGAGUACAAGGAGCAGGCCAAGCACCUGCAAGCAGUGCUGGGGCAGACACGAGAGCAGCUGGACAGUCGCAGCAACGAGGUGAUGCGGUUGAGAGCGGUGCUGGUGGCAGCAGAGAGGGCAGAGAGGGGCGUAAGAUGGGGCAGAGAAGGGGUGGAGGCUAUGGGGGGUGUGGAGGGAAGCGAGGUUGGGGGGCGCAGGGGUGGUGGAGAUGCAGGGGCAAUGAGGGUGCAUCGUGUGGAGCAUGCCGCUGCUGCUACUGCUGCGACGGCGGCGGCUGCUGCUGCUCCUGUUGCUGCUCCUGUUGCUGCCAGUGCAUGCAGUAGUGGUGCUGCAAACACCGCUGCUACGAUUGCGCCCAGGUCCAUGGUACCAUCAGCUGCUGCUGUUGCACCCUCCAGAACUGCUCCUCCGGCUCAUUCUGCUGCUGUCCAUGCCAACCCCAUCAACCCACCUGCUGUGGUACGUACUGGCCCCACUGCUGCUUCUACUGCUGCUACAGAUGCGAUACUUGCCGCGGGUUGUUUCCCUGCUACAGACGUCAAACGCAAGCCUCCUCUCUCCACUGGCAGCCCGCACCCUACUAGACUCGCUCCCACUGAUUCCGCCGCAGAUGCUAGUGGCACCCCUGCUCGCGUCCCCAGCAAAAGCAGCAGUGGCAAGACAAGGCAUGCGAGUCAGACAGCAGGAGAUUUGGAGGGAGGGGGGGCUGCUGCAGGGGAGACGGGUAGAGUGGUGAGGAGUAAGGGAGUGGGUGAGAAAAAGAGGGAGAAGAGAGGAGCAGUGGUGGGGAGAGGGAAGGGAAAGGGGGAGGGCAGGAGAGGAGGGAGGAGUGUCGGUAGUUUGGUUGGUGUGGGUGAGAGCGGGGGUCAGGAGAAUGGCAUGGUGGAGAGCACAGAGGGGGGGAGGGUUGUCGAAAGGAACGAGCCGGCAGGAGGGAUGGGUGGCAAUGGGGUUGGGGUAAAGCACGAGAAGAAGGUGAAGGGGGGUGUCAGGAAGAAUGCUAGAGAGGGAAAGAUAGGUUUGGAGGAGGGAGGAACAGGGGUUAAGAGGGGAGACAGGAAGGCUGGGGUGAUAGGGAAGAAGAAGACGGUGCAGGCGAUUCAGGGAAGAGUGCUUGUCCGUUCUAGCGGCAGUGGUGGCAGCAACGGGAGCAGCGGCAGCGACAACAGAAAUGGGAGAAACAACAGUGGUAGUAGCAGCAUCAGCAGCAGCAGCAUGAGUAGCAGCAUGAGAAACAGCACAAUCAGCAGCAUCAGUAGCGUGAGCAACAGCAAUGACAUGGAGUACGAUCGACUCGUGAAUGAAUGUGGAGACCGCCAUCGGCCGCUGUUUGACCUGAACCUUGCGACAUUUGAGGCUCCUCAGGAGAUGUUUGACCUCAACGUUGCAGCUCCUGCUGACGCCGAUACUGAUGCUGCUGUUGGUGCUGGUGCUAACAAUGCAGCUGGAGGAAUUAGCUAUGCGCGUGCAGGCACACGGAGGGUGGAGGAGAGGAUGGGGCCAGCAGCACGUGAUGCUGCUUCUGAGCUGCCUCAAAUAUCCCAAGCAAAUGGUGCUACCAGGAUGGGUUCAGCAUGUCAUGCUGCCAGGAUUGGGUCAGCACGUGAAGCUGCCAGGUUGGGGUCAGCACGUGAAGCUGCCAGGUUGGGGUCACCACGUGAAGCUGCCAGGUUGGGGUCAGCACAUGAAGCUGCCACCAGUGCACCCAGGCUCUCUGGGGGACAGAGCAGGCCGGGCAUGGCUGCUCGCAGUGGCAACGACGCUCAUCCUGCCACCACACUUCACCACCACCCCCAUGCAACCCCCACCAACAUCCAUACCCAUACCCUAGCCCGUACCCUGAGCCCUGUUCAAGUUGCUCCCACUCUGAGCACCCGUGGCUCUGGACCCCCUAGCAGUACCACGAGCCCGAAUUCCCUCGCUGUGCCCAGUCCUACUAACUCGCAUCCUCAGUCUCGUCCUGUCACAGUCACUGACAGCACCGAUUCCGACUCAGGCGGCUUCUCCUUUCACCCAACUGCACGGGCAGCUUCAGCGAUAGGUCAGGUGCUGCAGGCCUCAGCCACUGGUGCCCUGCUUUGCGACCCCCGACAGCCCAUGAGAACCGUCCGCUUUCAAGAAGCGCAGGCCAGCAGCCAUGGGCUUGGCAGUGCCAGUGGCCUUGUGGAGCGGGUGUUUCCUGCACGAUCCGGUGCUGGUAGCUCUGCAGUACCGGUAGUAGUGCAGGGCAGGCCUAGGACGCCACUGCAGCGGCAGAUUGCUGUUGUUGGGAGGGGUGUGGUGGAUAAUGAGGACGCUUCUGCUGACUAUGCUAGCCACAUGGUGCCGUGGUGAUGCUGCAUGUAAUAGGAUGCCCUGCUCCACCUUUUCUUGGGUUAUUGUACAGACGUAUGUACAGUAGCAUCAGAGCUGUGUUUUUGCAGUAGGCACUGUAGGUCAGAACAGUUCUGCUGGGAAACUGUUACUGUUUUGUGGUUGCAUCUCAUGUGACGACCAUGUACCUACCAGCCGUGAAAUAGACAGCAUAUCUUGAA